CCGCCGCAGAAAGCAGCACCAAAGCAAACCCGGCUGCUUUCACUGUUGUUGAAUACCCAAAAACCUCGCUAGAAACCCCUCUAAAACCCACGAUUUGCGCCCAAAAUCUAACCGAAUUCAACUAACUCUUGAACAAGCAGCUUAUACUAAAUGACUGCAAAGAGCACAAUCUUCAAAUUUCCUGUGAAAGCCAAGUCCACCCUUUUGUUGCUAACAGCCGCCGGCCUAUCUUUUCCAGCUACAUACUACUCCAAUUUGCUCCCCUUUUCUGAUGAUUCUCCUCUCUUCCCCAACAAAAUUAGGUUCGCCGUUGAAGGAAUUGUUCGCUCCUCUCGUGCUGUCUCCACUAUCACUUUAGUUCUUGCUGAUUAUAAGUAUUCAUUAUAUGGGUUGCCUCUGGACUCCAAGGACUAUCCCCUUGUAUCAUCUCAGGUUCAUUUGCGCUCAGCCAAGAGAAUGCUGAAUUUAUGUGAGAAAAAUAGAGGUUUCUAUGCAAAAGCUGGACAAUUUGUUGCUGGACUGCAGAAGGUCCCAAAAGAGUACUCAUCAACACUUUCCUCAUUGCAGGAUCAGGCGGUUCCAUGUGAUUUCAAAGUCAUAAAAGAAGCACUAGUGAGGAAUCUCGGUCGGGAUUUGUCAGAGAUAUUUCUUUCCUUUGGUGAACAACCAAUAGCUGCUGCAUCCAUUGCUCAAGUACACCAUGGCAUAUUGAAAAAUCAUCAAGAAGUAGCAGUGAAGGUGCAAUACCCUGGGCUGGAGCAGAAGAUGAGAUUAGACACAACAGUUAUGUCUUUUCUCUCAAAAUCUGUUGCAUGGUUUUUCCCUGAAUAUAGGUUUGGGUGGCUGGUAUCGGAAUUUGCAGAGACAAUUUCUUUGGAGCUUGAUUUUAUUCAGGAGGCCAAAAAUUCUGAGAAGACUGCUGAUAACUUCAAAAACAACAAACUGGUUAGGGUUCCUCAUGUAUUUUGGGAUUUGACAACAAAACAGGUUCUCACAAUGCAAUUCUGUAGGGGGAAGAAGGUUGAUGAUGUGGAAUCCCUGAAGGACAUGAAAAUAAAUCCAGUGAAGGUUGCAAAAGCAUUGGUGGAAGUUUUUGCUGAAAUGAUUUUCAUCCAUGGUUUCUUGCAUGGAGAUCCGCAUCCUGGGAAUGUAUUGGUUUCUAAGGAAGGUCAAGAUGGAUUUUCCUUGGUUCUUUUGGAUCAUGGAUUCUAUAAAAAACUGGAUGAAGGAUUCAGGCUAGAUUAUUGUCGACUCUGGAAGGCAUUGAUUAUUCUUGACUCUAAUACCAUACAGCAUUUAGGUGAACGGUUUGGUGUAGGAAAAUUUUCCAGAUACUUUCCUGUCAUUUUCACUGGCAGGACUAUUGAUAGUAAAUCAAGUCCUGGGGAGGAACUGUCAGUUGAAGAGAGAAAGAAAUUGAAGCAUGAGCUGAAGUCUCUAAAGAUGGAGGACAUAUCUUCUUUCAUGGAAUCCCUACCUCCUGAUUUUCUCACAAUAUUGAAAACAGAUGGAAUACUAAGAUCUCACAUCAGGAAGCUGGGUGCUCCACAACGAGUGCGGUUAGAAGCCUAUGCGAAAUAUGCUAUAUAUGGUCUCUCUCCAAAAUUGGAUCCUGAGUCUGGCUUUGCAGUAACAGUUGCGUACUCUAGAUUGAUGGCAAAUAUAAGUUACUUUCAUCUAAGGCUUGUUCUCGAGGCGCUGGAGUUGCUUUCUUGGUUGAGGAAGUUCAAGCAGUCGCUACGUAGCUUCUAUGGAAAGAUUAGAGGUGCUGUGGGGGGUCUCUUGGCAUUUACUUUUGUGCUCUAAACAUUACCAUGCAUGUUUAGAGCACGAGGACAGUAAAAGACCUUGCUUUAACUACGAGGACUUGUUGUCAAUGUACAUUGUCACGAUAACACACUCACACCACAUCCUGGUGUGAGGAUUUACUGUCGAGAAAGGCUCUCAAAAAAUCAUUUUCAUUUUACCUUAGCCUGUUGAUCAUGAAAAAAGAGAUCACGUGGGACAAUAGAUGUGUCUGUUUUUAUAUGUACAUUUCAACACGUUACAAAUCCUAUCUAUUCCUUACAAUGUACUAAUAUAACAGAAAAAUUUAUGCAAAACAAAACUCUAAUAUAGUACCACAAUGGAA